UAUCAAAUAGGGAUACUAAUAAUAGAUUACCCAAAUACUCCACCACAAGCACCACAAGCACCACAACUACCACAACUAAACCGAAUAAGAUGUCGGUGAAUUAUCCUCAACCACACGCGGUAGAUGUUCCUGUAACCGAUAUGGAUGAUCCCGAUGAUGACUACUUAUUUAAUGAACAAAAUAAUCUUCAUCGAUCUACCAGUAAUGAUGAAGACUUUCUAGAAGUAUUAGAUUAUGAAAAUGAUGGCAAAUCCAAUAAUAUGGGGAAAUUAUUAGGAAAAGUCACUUCACUAUUUAAAUCAUCAUCUUCACCAGGUAAUAGUUCUGAUUCAAGUUAUCAAAUGUUAAAUAACGCAAAUGGACGAGAACGUGAACGUGAUGAUGACAGUUUUGAAAUUGAUGAUGAAGAUAUUGAAAAUCCUAAUCGAUUUGAUAUUAGAGAUUAUCAAAUUAAAUUACUUAAUAAGAAAGUCCGCAAAACCGUAGCAUUUGGAUCAAUUAUAACGGGAUUAUUAAUUUCAAUAAUUAUAUUCUUAAUUGUUAGAAAUAAUAAGAAUCAUUCAACGACAAUAUAUGUUAAUAAAUUUAAUAAACAAAUAAUAUCUAAUUCAACUCAUGAUUUUCAUCCUACAACCAUUAUAAUUUCAUUAGAUGGAUUUCAUCCUCAUUAUAUUACUCCAAAACUUACACCAACUAUGCAUAAUCUUUUAGUUAAUGAAUAUGCUUCUCCUUAUAUGAUACCUUCAUUUCCUUCAUCAACAUUUCCAAAUCAUUGGUCAUUAGUUACUGGAUUAUAUCCAUCUGAACAUGGUAUAGUUGGUAAUACAUUUUAUGAUCCUUUAUUAAAAAAACAAUUUAUUAAUACAAAUCCAAAAGUUGGAGGUCUUAAUCCUGAAUUUUGGCAAGGAGGUGAACCAGUUUGGACAACUGCUAAAAAUCAAGGAAUUAAUGCAGCAGUUCAUAUGUGGCCAGGUAGUGAAGUUCCAACCAUUGGACCAGAAAUUAAUUUUGAUAAAUAUAAUGGAUCAGAAUUAUUAACAUCUAAAGUUGAUCGAGUUUUAGGAUGGAUUGAUAAAGAAGAUAUUUCAACUAGACCAGAAUUAAUUUUAACUUAUGUACCAACCAUUGAUACUUUUGGUCAUAAAUAUGGUAUAUCAGGUACAAAUUUAACUGAUGCAUUAACUUAUGUUGAUAAUUUUAUAGAUUUACUUCAAAAGGAAUUACAUGAUAGAAAUUUAGAUAAUAUUGUUAAUUUAAUAAUUGUUAGUGAUCAUGGAAUGGCUCCAACUUCAAAUGAAAGAAUUAUUUAUUUAGAUGAUUUAGUGGAUUUAAAUAAAAUUCAACAUUUAGAUGGUUGGCCAUUAUUUGGUUUAAGACCUUUUGAACAAUAUUCAAAUGAAGAAAUAUAUAAUGAAAUUAUGGAAAAUUAUAAGAAAUUAGAUUAUAAAGAUACAUUUGAUGUUUUUAAAGUUGAAGAUAUUCCAUCAGAAUGGGAAUUUGGUGGUAAUAUUUCUGAUCAUAGAUUUAAUUAUCGUUUAGCACCAAUUUGGAUUAUACCUAAAGUAGGAUAUUCAGUAUCUACUCAUAAACAAAUGAAAGAAAAUAAUAAUGAAUAUUCUCCAAAAGGUGUUCAUGGAUAUAAUAAUACUGAAGUUUUAAUGAGAGCUAUAUUUUUAGGUAGUGGACCAUAUUUUAAACAAUUUGGUCAUAAUAAAUUUGAACCAUUUAAAAAUACUGAAGUUUAUAAUAUAUUAUGUGAUUCAUUAAAUAUUAAACCUGCUCCUAAUAAUGGUUCAUCUACAAUAAUUUUAAAUAAUGGAUUAUCUAAUGAUUGGUUAGAUCCAUUGGAAUAUCCUGAUUUACCAUUUAAGAUUGAUCAUAUUGUUGUGAAUGCAACUUAUGAUUUAUUAUGGAAGAAAAAGCCUGCUGAUUCAUCAGCUACUACAAUUUCUAUAAGUACUAAUAAUAAACCUCUUCAAUCAAUGAUAUCUGAAGAGUCGAGUAUUUCAUCAAUAGUUAAUACUCCAAUUGCUAAACCAACUGAUUUUGAAGAUGAAGUUGAUGAAGGAGAUGAUAAUGAUGAUGAUAAUGACGAAGAAGAAGAACCACACGAAGGUAAUAAGGGAGGCUUUUUAGAUUCAAUAAUCGAUGGUCUACAAGAUUUUGUUGAAGAUGCCCAAGAUACAAUUGGAGAUUCUAUUGAUACUGUUGGAGAUUGGUUUGAUCAUAUUUUAGGACACCAUGACGAGGACAAACAAGAUGAAGAGAAAUAACAAGAUAGAAUUUAAUAGAGUCGUUUGU